AUGGCCGCCCGCCUCCUCCAAGCAGUCUACUACUCCCGCCGAUACGGGCCCAAUUCCCCCAAGCUCCCCCACAAAGGAUCCGCACGGUACCAACGGGAUUUCAACUGGAUUCUCACUAUCAUUGUGGGCUUGUAUCUGUCGUCGUUGGUAUAUGACAGUAUCCGGACGAUGGAGAAGAAUCAUUAUGAUACUCUAGGGCUCAAGUUUGGGACGUUCACACAGAAGCAGCUCAAGACGAAUUUCAGGAAGGCGAGUCUGCAGUAUCAUCCUGAUAAGGCUGGACAAGCUGGCGCAGACAAGUUUGUGGGAAUAAGGACAGCACACGAAAUCCUCGUCGACCCAACCCUCCGUCUCAACUACGACCGCUUCGGCUCCACAGUCCUGAAAUGCACAGCCUGCAAAACCAACAAGGACUACCUCCAAGAGGGUCUCAAAGCUAUUUACACCUUCUACGCCGUCGCCGGGAUCGUCUUCUUCCUCGUGAACCUUGUGGGAAAGGGAAACUAUGGACGGUACUGGAGGUUUAUUAUGUUGGCAGGGAUGGGUGCGAUUGAAAUGUCGUUGGUGUUGACUGCUGGGAAUGGAGGAGGAGGAAGGUGGAUGGAGAGGUUGAUGCCAGGUCUGGUGCCGUUUGAGCAGAUUGCGGUGUUGCAUCAGUUGUAUAUCUCGGCGUCGGUCGCGGUUUCGCAGGUUGGGCCUCUUCUUUUCCCGGAGGGUAAGGACAAACAGGAGCCUUCUUCUGAGCUCAUCAAGCGGCUUCUGACCCUCACUGAGAUCGCUGCGGCAGAGACGGCGGUGCAGGUCAAAUCGUGGAUGGAUACGCUGGUGGGACAGGACGAGUGUAUUACGCAGCUGAGACGUGAGCUCGGAUACAUGUCGCUCGAGAUGAAGCUGAGCGAGGACAGUGCCUUCUUUGACACCCGUACCGCCAUCAAGGCUCGUAUCGAGCGUCAAAGCAAAAUCCAUCAGAGAGAACGACUCGCUCACAUUGACUAA